AUGGAAAAAAAGUUAAGGAUAAAGAAGAAAGUAUGGAUGGGGAAGAAGUUUGGGAUGGAGAAGAAGUUUGGGAUGGAGAAGAAUCUACUAAUUAAGGAAGCAGAAGAAGUUAAGGAUGAUGGAGAAGAAGUUAGGGAAGGUGAAAAAGUGAAGAAUGAAGAACAAGUUUGGGGAGGAGAAGAAGUUAAGGAUGUAGAGCAAGUUAGGAAAGGAGAAGAAGAAGUUAAGGAUGGAGAAGUAUUUUGGGAUGGGGAAGAAGUGAAAGAAGGAGAAGAAGUUAAGGAAGAAGAAGAAGAAGAAGGAGACAAAGUCAAGGAAGAAGAAGUUUUGGAUGGAGUAGAAGUUAAGGAUAAAGAAGAAAGUAUGGAUGGGGAAGAAGUUUGGGAUGGAGAAGAAUCUACUAUGUAUGGAGAAGAAAUUAAGGAAGAAGAAAAUGAAGUUAAGGAAGCAGAAGAAGUUGAGGAGGAUGGAGAAGAAGUUAGGGAAGGAGAAAAAGUGAAGAAUGAAGAAGAAGUUAGGGAAGGAGAAGAAGUUAAGGAUGGAGAACAAGUUAGGAAAGGAGAAGAAGAAGUUAAGGAUGGAGAAGUAGUUUGGGAUGGGGAAGAAGUGAAGGAAGGAGAAGAAGUUAAGGAAGAAGAAGAAGAAGAAGUUUUGGAUGGAGAAGAAGUUCAGGGUAAAGAAGAAAGUAUGGAUGGGGAAGAAGUUUGGGAUGGAGAAGAAGUUAAGGAUGGAGAAGAAGUUUGGGAUGAAGGAGAAGUUUGGAAUGGAGGAGAAGAACCGAAGUAUGAAGAAGAAGUUAAGGAAGAACAAAAUGAAGUUAUGGAAGCAGAAGAAGUUAAGGAGGAUGGAGAAGAAGUUAGGGAAGGAGAAGAAGUGAACAAUGAAGAGCAAGUUAGGGAAGGAGAAGAAGUUAAGGAUGGAGAACAAGUUAGGGAAGGAGAAGAAGAAGUUAAGGAUGGAGAAGUAGUUUGGGAUGGGGAAGAAGUGAAGGAAGGAGAAGAAGUUAAGGAAGAAGAAGAAGUUUUGGAUGGAGAAGAAGUUAAGGGUAAAGAAGAAAGUAUGGAUGGGGAAGAAGUUUGGGAUGGAGAAGAAGUUUGGGAUGAGGAGGAGAAUGGAGGAGAAGAACCGAAGUAUGGAGAAGAAGUUAAGGAAGAAGAAGUUUAG